GCGUGACUUUAUUUGAGGAGUAAAUUAUUGACAGUUUGUUGUUUGACAUAAAAGCAAAACUCUGUAUUCAAUAAUAUACGCCAAUUGUGUGAAGACAAGCGUUGGAAACGAUGAGUGAUCCGAGACUUAACCAAAUUAGGAUAAAAACGGGAAUUUUGAAGAGAGUGGCGAAAGAGAGGAUGGUUUACGAGAAGGAAGUGGUGAUCGAAAGGAAACGCUUGGAAACUAUGAAAAGUCAACUCAAAGAUGAAUACGAGUUACGCAAACAGGAGGAAGUGAUCAAUGAGUGUCUAACUAUGAUACCGGACUCUAUCGCUCGCACUCAACAAGCUUUCAAUGAUUUGAACACUAUUUUGCAGGAAACACAAUCAGAGUUAUCGGAAACAGAAGUGUUUCAAACGGCCAACACUUUGAUCCAAGAAUUGGAACUAAUACCGGCAUAAAUGCAUUCCCAUAUCAUUUAUAUGAUAGCCAUUUAAACACAAGUCAUUAUAAUUUGUUACAAUUAAACAUUAUUUUCUCAAUGAAUAAAAUUUUUAAUCAAAAUA